AUGAACAGAAACCCAGAUAAGGAAAAACUUGAAAAGCUUGAUACUCUUACAUUAAUUUGUGUCUGUGUGACGAAAAUGGAGGUAAUUAGGGCGGUGUCCGCGGCAGUGAUACUGAAGCUAGAAGAUACGAUGAAUGAAGAAUCUGUAGCCGAUAACAAAAAACUGAAGCAUCAACUCCAGAUGCUCCAAAAGUCUCUCGAACAGCAGGAAAAAUUCUUAGAUGAAGAGGAUGUAUCCCAAAAAACAAGGGACCAUCUUCUUAACCUUUAUGAGGUCGAGGAUGAAAUCGACAUAUUUUCCUUUCAAGUUGCUCGACAGAGGAAAACAUUCUUUUUCAAGAACUUCAGUUCUUGUCGUAGGCUAAAACAGAAGAUGAAAAAAAUCCAGAGCCGGAUUUCCAGUUCUGAAGAUGUGGUAUCUGCUAUUCCUGGUUUGAUCAACUGUUCCAAGAGUGAUCAAUGGUCAGUUAAUAGCCCUCACACAGGCAUUUCUGAUACAACCACCAGCGAAGAAUAUCACAGCGAUGAUGAUGACGAUGAAGAUGAUGAUUUCUAUUAUGAAACACAAGCGUUGACGUUGAAGCAAAAGAGUGUGUCAAAUGUUUGGCCCAUUUCAGAAUCCCCGAGUCCUGAACACAAGAAACUAACCUUCAGCUAUUCUUAUAAAGAAAAAGAAAGGAACAUGCGAGGUUCCAAAGAAGAGAAUCUACAUUACCCAAAGCAGAUACCGACUUUCUUUCACCAAGAAGAAGUAGGCAUUUUUGGGCUGAAAGAUGAUGUUAAAAUCCUGGUGAAACGGCUUACGCGGCAUCAAGAAGCGUGUGUUUCAAGAUUCACUGAUGAUGAUGUUACAAGUGUGGUGAAACAACAAUCAAAGCAAAAAGAAAUGUUUGUCCAAGUUGUUGGCGAGGUGGGUUCCGGAAAAACCACUCUUGUUCGUGCAAUCUACAAAAACAAAAAGAUCAAGGACCAUUUUGAAUCCCAUGAUUGGAUCUCUAUCAAGCAUGAGGAUACAGCCGAUCAUAUCUUGCUCGGCUUGUUAAAGAACGUCGCAACUGUUAAGAAUAAUGGUGGGGAUACGAGCUUUAAUGAUCAAUCACUAAAAACCAGAGUCUUCAACCACCUCAAGGGUAAGAGGUACUUGAUUGUGUUAGAUGGUGUCAGGAGUUGUCGUCUGCUGGAAGAUCUGAAAGAGGCCUUCCCAUAUGAAGAUAAUGGAAGUAAGAUAAUUUUCACACAACGGAGAUGUCCAGAGACUUACGUGAACAUGAUCACGAUCAAUCCGCAUAAAAUGAAUCAACUAAAUGAAACGGAAAGCUGGAAUAUGUUUCUGAUGAAGGUUGGAAAGGAGUCUGGAAAGAUUUCACCGAGGUUGAAACGUAGGAUCUUGAAUAUAUGCAAGGGUCUCCCUCUCAACAUUGUCCUAAUUGCUAAACUGCUCUCGAAUAAGGGAAUAGAAACAUGGUCCUCGAUAGUUGCUCGUGAUAGAUGUUUUAAUGAUGCUGUAACCUUAUGUUAUGAAGAUCUGAGCAGUAACUCAAAGCUUUGCCUGUUAUACCUCUCGUUUUUCCCAAAAGACUACGACAUUCCAGUACGGAGGUUGCUCAGGCUAUGGCUUGCCGAGGGUUUCGUCAAUGGAAGAUCCGAAGAGAUCUCGAUCUCCCCAGAGGAUGUGGUACAGGGAUAUUUUGAAGAUUUGGUUGAUCGGAGUUUGAUACAGAUAACCAAACUGAGAUCCGACAACAGCCCUAGACACUGUCAGUUAAUUUCUGUUCUUCAUGACUAUCUCCUGCAAAAAGCCCGUGACAUCAGCCUGUUCAACAUCCACCGCAAUUCUGAAUCUUUUGAGAAUGCUGCAGGUCCCUUUGGUGUUCGUCGGAUGGUUCACCACAUGAACUCCGUCGGAGCCCUUGCCACCACCACUAGGGCACAUGGUCAGAUGACAGAGAGAAACAAAACACAUGUUCGUUCCUCGUCUUCCACAAGAUACCUUUCUUGUUUCUCUGUGAGAUGUAGUGAAAACAUACAUGAUACAGAGAUGCGUGGAGAGAUUUCGACUUUUGAUCCCUCUCUUUUGAGGUCUUACGUGUCGUUUAACUCCCAUGGUAAGGACAUCGCAGAAAAACAAGUGGGUAAACUUUUGGGUAGAAUCAUUGAAAGCAAUUUUCGACUAUUGAGAGUGCUUGAUCUAGAGGGUGUUUACAUGCCUAAUCUACCUCAUAAGCUCGGGCACUUGCAUCAUCUAAGAUACCUAGGACUGAGAAGGACGUUCUUGGAGAGUCUCCCUGAAUCCGUGGGUGAUCUUUCUUAUCUGGAAACCCUAGAUGUGAAGCACACCCGUGUAGAAACUUUACCCGACUCCAUUUGGAAGCUCAAACAGCUUCGUCAUCUAAAUCUGAAUAACAUUCGUCUUGCGAUGCCACCUAGAAGUUCUUCGACUCUAGUCACCCUGUGGGGAUUGGUUUUAGAUGAGAAGAUAUCGGUAAAUGAAGGUGUAGGUAAGUUGCUUAAUCUCAGAGAGUUGGGUGUUAAGUUCAGCUUAAGCGAAACCCAAAGCAUGUUGCUUGACUGGAUUGCUAAGUUGGAAAAUCUUAGGUCUUUGAGGUUGAGAUCUCCAGAUGACAUGAAUCGUUCUUCAAAGAUAAUCUUGAAGCCACUAGUGAAGUUGACUAAACUCUCUCAUCUUGAUCUGUAUGGUACUUUAGAAAGAUUACCUGCUCCAAAUGAAUUCCCGCCAACAGUUAAGGUUCUCACGUUGUCAAUCUCUCGUCUAAACAAGGAUCCAAUGGAGACAUUGGGACGCCUACCUUCCUUGAUUGUGUUGAGGCUCUUGGGGGACUCAUACAUUGGAAAAAGAUUGGUUUGUCAUCGAGGAGGAUUUAAAAAGCUUGAGGUGUUGAAGCUGUGGAAACUGAAGGAUUUAGAGGAAUUGGAUGUGGAGGAAGAAGCAAUGGAAAGCCUCAAAGAAUUAAACAUCAGAGGUUGUGACAAGUUGAAAAACAUCACUUCUAGACUACUGCAAAAACAAAGGUGUUUGGAGGAAUUAGUAUUGACAAAUAUGCCUGAUGACUUGGUAGCUCGGAUCAAGAAAAGAAAAUUCAAGGAUACAUCUCUCACAAUCAACUAUUUGGAAUAA